AAGCUGCUUUUCCAAAUUCAAGGGUGAUUCCAUCCUCUUACACUGUCAGACAGACGACAGGUCUGUGAGACUCCACAUAAAAUAGUCGCUUAUUUCCUCGAUAUUGGCAAAGUUUUUUCAAUCUCGGGUUUAAAAAGUUCUUUGCCAUUGUGCACAGGCUACAACUCAGUGAAAUGCAUGUUCAUAACGACAAUCGGCGACUGGAGGUGGGAAAUGAUAGCACUGUAUUGUUUUUCUUGACUAUGCUGUAACGUGUUACCAAGACAUAACUCCUUCAUCAUGCCACAGGUUUUUUUCCUCCUACAGUAGAGCUUCUCUACAGACGACUAUGUGUGUGUGUGUGUGUGUGUGUGUGUGUGAGCUUUUGCCGCCUCCUGCUGCAGCCCACCCCGAUACCCUGCCCUCCCCUACGCGCCUCCCCGGCUCUUUUUCCCACUGCUGAGAGGAGCAGGACGCGGCCACAGCGGCGGGAAGCAAAUUAUCUACAAGCACUUCCCCAAAAAAAAGUUCACACUCACAUACACAGAUGCCACCACAAGUAGCGACUCACAACGUCUUAGACCUGAACGAGGGAGCUUACUGGGAAUAACCUGAGAGGAGGAGGAUAUAGUGGAGCAAGAUGGAUAUUUAAUGAUUAUUCUUCCCUUUUUUUAAAUUCAGUUCAGGUGUUUCUUUCUGUUGCUUUUAUUGCGAAUGUCUAGUUACACUAUUUUAAAAUACUGAACAUUUUUUUUGACGCGCUGGUCUAAAUAGUCUGAUUUAGGCCUGAACUCGUCUAUUUUGUGAUUUACUGAGACGCACCUGUGUGCCACUGGUGGAGCAAACACACAGGACGGUGUAAGACAGACAGGAAACUUCCUUUCAAAAUAUCACUUCAUCUCUUCAGUAAUCAUCCGUUACGAGGACUACAUUGUGUGGAUGGAGCAUGGCCUGACUUUUAAUGCAACAAACGUGUGUCUGGCUGCUUUUCGGAGUCGCAGUGGGGGAGCGCACAUCACGGCUGCGCUUUGGCACAAAGUCCCCAGAAAACAGAGAGACUGAGAGAGAGAAAUAAAAUCUCUACUUCUUUUGCACUUGAUUUGAGGAGGGGGAGAGUGGAUGUUGUCGGGACUGUUAACAGGCACUGCAUUAACAGCAGCUGUCAAACUCAUGGGAUCCUCCUGCCCCCCGGGCCGCUGGGAGCUCUGCUGAGGUCUCUACUGCGCAUGUCAGAGCGCUGGACAGCUCCAGAGAGGGAAAUUUAAAAACGGUUUUUGGAGAAUCAAGUGCAGCACAGUGAAAUACAGUAACAGGGGCUCGCGAGCGGCUCUCUCAAUCUUCAGUAUCAUCGAAAACAGUGCAGAGGCACCAUAUAUCCCAGGAAAUGAUAGAAGGUGGAAUUACAUCCAGGAUGUCAGGAAUAAUUGAGAAUGCUGGGCAUCAUCCGUCUCCACAGGACUAUAGGCUUCUGACCACGGACCCCUCCCAGCUGAGGGAGGAGGACCUCCCUGGGGACCUGCAGUCUCUGUCAUGGCUCACCUCCGUGGAUGUGCCCCGACUACAGCAGAUGGCUGAUAGCCGAGGCCACGGCAACGGGCCCUCCCAGGGCAGCCUGUUGGAGCAACAGACAGCUCAGCUGAACAACAUGACGAUGACAGCGGGACAGGGCUCCAUGCUCCAACUCCAGAGUAACAUGCAGCACAGCCCUCUGGGAAUCAGCAUCAUCAACACCCACAGCGGAAGUAUGUCCCCGUUCUCCAUGAAUGGCCUGCCCUCCCCAGGAUACCAGUGCCCUACCUCAGUCUACCAGCCCACACCCCAGCAGGUGUACUCUCUAACCCAAACUGGACAACAGUGUUCAACUGGUGGGCUUUAUAGCAACGUCUCUUUCAACAACCAAAGUCUAUUCACGCAACCUCGCCUGGCUCCACAAGACCAGGAGCUGCAGCCCAAGUCUUUCCCCAAGCCAAUCUACUCCUACAGCUGUUUGAUUGCCAUGGCUCUGAAAAACAGCAAAACAGGCAGCCUCCCAGUCAGUGAGAUCUAUAGCUUUAUGAAGGAACACUUUCCUUAUUUUAAGACUGCACCUGAUGGAUGGAAGAACUCAGUCAGACACAACCUGUCCUUAAACAAAUGCUUUGAGAAGGUGGAGAACAAGACGAGCAGCUCGUCCCGUAAGGGCUGUCUGUGGGCACUGAACCCUGCCAAAAUUGACAAGAUGGAGGAAGAGAUGCAGAAGUGGAAACGCAAGGACCUCCCAGCCAUCCGCCGCAGCAUGGCUAACCCUGAUGAGUUGGACAAACUGAUCACAGACCGCCCAGAGAACUGCAGACGUAAGGCUUUAGAGCCGGGCAUGACCCGGCUGCCCAGCUGUCAAACUGGCCUCCCACUGCCCGUCUCUGCCCAGAUGCAGCCUCAGCCUAUAGUCACGCUGUCCCUGCCGUGUUUGCCCAUGCACCAGCACCACCAGUUUCAGGCCCAGCUCCAGGCUCAGGCUCGACUGGGCCCCAUGUCCCCCGCCCCGGCUCAGACGCCUCCCUUACACACGGUCCCCGACCUCUCCCACAGUCCCCUCACCCAGCAGCCCAGCAAGCCCCCUGAUGAUUUCUACAGCGUGCAUGGUGAUACGCACACAGAGGUGGAUGCACUGGACCCUAGCAUCAUGGACUUUGCCCUUCAAGGUAAUUACAUUUCCCUAAGUGAGGCCUGUUUUUGUUUGCUAGAUAAGUGUUGCAUCAGAACACUGACCUCCUUAUCCAUCUGCUCAGGUAACCUGUGGGAGGAAAUGAAGGACGACAGCUUUAACCUGGAUGCUUUGGGCACCUUCAGUAACUCACCCCUCCGACUAUCAGACUGUGACUUGGGAACAGCUAGCCUCCCUCCCUCCUCCGCUGGAGCAAACCUGCCGCUGUCAGACGUGCAGGUGACGGGCCUCUACACCUCCUACGCCUCCCAGGAUCCCCUGUCUUCCCAGUACAUGGGUGCACCAGCCAACAGCAAGCCCAUUGCCCUACUUUAAAGCAGCUAAACUGUCACUAACGCAGUCAACGUGACUUAUUCAACUAUCUGUGGAUAUCUAUGGAUGCCAGCUGAAGAAGUCUGAAGUCUAUUUUUUUGUUUUGUUUUGUUUUUUUGCUUCUAAACACACUGCUUUCCUACAGCCACCUGGGAACUACCUGGAGGAGGAUGUUUGAAAAUUUUUACAUACAGUCCACAAGAAGAUUGCUCAUUAAAAACUAAAACUGUUGAUAAAUGGCUGUAAGAAACAGUAUGUAAGACUUAAAAUAUCUAGCUUUGCCAAGCAAAGACUCAAAGCCUGUAUGAGUACAAGGACUCUAUGUGGAAAAGUAUGUGUAAGUUAGUAUCCACCAGUUUUUCUACUGUUCACUCUGCGUUUUAAAGCCCUUCCAUACCGUAGCUCCCCGUUUCUUUGUCUGUUGUAUUGUGCUAGACAUUAUUGCUGUGAUGUUUUAUUUAUAUUUAUAAAAAGGCAGCUGGAGAAGGUGAUGACUCUAUCAAUCUUUUGCUGUAUAUAUUUGAAUGUUUCAAAUUGCUAUCGCCACAGAAAAGCUUUCUUUUGACUGUAUUUACCCACUUCAUUCCAAAAUGCAAACGUGUGCCAACUCUUUGAGUGAUCCAGAUUUUACACAUUAUUCUUCUACACACUGUGAUUAACAUGCCUGAAGUCAGAUGUAUUAUGUUCAUUAACUUGACCAUAAUAAAAAAUCUAAUGGGUAAAUAAAAGAGGCUUUUGUUUUGCCAAAAAUAUAUCAAUGACAUUUAUUAACAACAGCCCUUGGUAGAAUACUAGACACUGGAAAGAGUUUAUAUACAUUCAAAAGAAAUGUCAUGGUUGAUAUUCCUGCUAGUCUGAUCAGAGGUGAGGCACCUGGGGGACAAGUUUGGCAAUUUAUGUUCACCUUUGACGAAACCUGAGUCAUAAGAGUUUCUGCUUUGUAUGGGAUAUACUGACAAAAAAAACAGAGAAA